CUAGACCUCGUAGCCUCCAGUUUCUAUGACCGACCAAUCCUACUUCCACAGCACCAGAAGCUUAGAUUCUAUCACUGGCUUCUUAAACCAUUGUUCUCAAAGCAAGAAUCUUGGAGCCAUUAAGAAGCUGCACGCUCGCCUACUUAGAACAGGCUUGCUCUUUAUCUCCCUCAAUUUUCACACUAAACUCAUCGUUUUAUACACCACAUGCCAUCGCAAAAACAACCUUCAAACCUUGACCAAUUUCUUCAGGUUCAUGAACCCCAGAAACCCACUACAUUUUAAUGCAAUUUUAUCUGAGUUUAGUCGAAAUGGGUUGGCACUUAAUGCACUAAAAACCUUUUCUUUCAUGCAAAUUAAUGGAGUACCUAUAGACUCGUACACUUUGUGUAGCUCUUUAACAGCUUCGUCGUCUAUCAGAAAUGUUAGAGUUGGUAAGCAGGUACAUGCCCUUGUGGCCAAAUCAGGCUGGUCAUCCAGUGUUUUUGUGGGAAGCGCUCUAGUUGAUUUGUAUGCGAAGUCGUUGGUUAUCGAUGAUGCAGAAGUGAUGUUUGAUGAAAUUCCUGUAAAAAACACGGUGUGUGCUAAUGCACUCUUAUCAGGUUAUGGUGAGGCUAAGAUGUGGCUUGAGGGACUUGACCUGGUUCGCAAGAUGCCUGUGAUGAAUUUGGAUUAUGAUCACUUCACAAUGUCAGCAAUAUUACGUGCAUGUGCUGGGCUAUCUGCAUUUGAAUUUGGGAUGCAGGUGCAUGCUUAUUUGAUUCGGACAGUAUAUGAUGUGGGAAAGGAUGUGUUUCUGCAGAGUUCAUUGAUUGAAAUGUAUGGCAAGUGUGGCCUAGUGGGGAAGGCGUGGCAAGUCUUUAAUUUGGCAGGAAUUGGAAAAGGAGGAGGGUGUCAAAGGGAUGUUGUUUUAUGGACUUCAAUGCUUGGAAUUUAUGGAAGAAAUGGACACUCUAAAGAAGUUAUUAGAUUAUACCAAGAGAUGUUAAAGGAAGGGAUUAAGCCAGAUGAGGUCGCAUUUGUGACAGUCCUUUCUGCUUGUGGUCACACUGGCCAAGUGAACCUUGGGGUCGAGUUUUUUGAAUCCAUGACUCGUGACUUCGCGUUGGACCCUGGCCCAGAGCACUACGGUUGUCUGAUUGACUUGCUUUGCAGGGCUGGUCAGUUGGAAAGGGCAUGGAAGCUGGUGAAUGAGAUGCUCUGUAAAGGAGAUGGCAGCUGCAGUGUUUCCAUGUGGGGGGCUUUACUUAGUGCCUGCAAGGAUUGCGGAAAUAUAGAGUUGGGUAAGUUGGCUGCUCAAAAGGCACUUGACUUGGAUCCUCAGAAUGUUGGGGUUUAUGUUAUGUUAUCAAAUUUAUAUGCUAAGUUUGGUAUGUGGGAUGAGAUUGAGCAGUUGAGGGAGUUGAUGAAGGAGAGAGGGUUAAAGAAAGACGUUGGAUGUAGUUGGAUUGAGGUCACAUAAUUCUGAAAGAGAAACAAAUAGGGCAUCUGAGGUUUUGAAUUAUGAGGAGAUGACUCAAUGCGAAAUUUAAAGAUGGGCCUCUAAACUUAAAUUCUGAUAUUGCAAGUGGUCAAAUGGUAGCAUCUAAUAGAAAGUUGAAACAGGAAGUGACAAGGAGAAAAGAGGUAAGCAGCCCUGGGUUUUGUGGCACCUCUGAGGCCGAGGUCUGAAAUUGACAAGUUCAUGGAGUGUCAACCCAGAACAAAAGUGAAGCUAGAACCUUCAUGAGAGACUUUUCUGUUCUCAUAGAUGAAUGACAACCUCUCUGGCCCAAAAAAAAAAAAAAAACUUCAUUCAGCGCUGGUGUCUUUAGUAGGCUGAUUUUGCUGAAUGCAGCUGCUGCAGGUUGGCACAUACAGGCAGUAGAUAUGUGUUUUAGGAUGCUCUCAACCAACAACGCUCUGCACAAGACUCAGACUGGUAACCUGAAAACAAAUGCAUCAAUCAAGUUUCCUCUGGGAUUUUUGUUUAUCUUUCUGCAAGAAAUGGUUGGGUGAUUCACCACUUGGCUUUUCCUUUUCCAGUUUUGUUAUGCAACUCAAAUAAAGAUUUUCAGUAAUUUUACUGCUUGGAUUAUUCGCAAUUCGGACAGCAAAUUACUGAAAAUCCAGAUCUAAGUGACUUGGCAUUGGUGAUCGUAUAGUUUUUUGUGCGCAUAUAUAUAGGCAUACCCUCCAUCAUUGUUCUAGUUACUUGGAUGAAAGGGAAACACCUCAGUUUUGUG